GGCUGGCCUGUCCGGGUAGCACCCCCUGCCGCUCCCCGCCCCGGCCGGCCCGGGCUCGGCUCUGCUUCGGGCCGGCUUCGGCUCUGCUUCGGGCCGGCUUUGCCCGAGGACGCUUGAGCCGCGCGCCGCCGCGCCGCCUGUAGUACCGUAGUCUUGUCCGCUCCGCGUGCGUGAGCAGGCCGACCUGACGCGAGGGAGGACGCCCGCCGCGCGCUCCGACUAGAAGCCGAUCGUGUUUACGAUGGACCGACGGGACCGACCGGCGUCCGAGUGAUCAGCGCAGUGCGAGCGGAGUGAUGGUGACAGUGAAGUGAGAGUGACGAAACAGCGUGACAGUGUGUGACUGUGUGAUCAGCGAGACGGCCGGCCGGCCAAGUGGUGUCGUUUUUGGCAGCGGGAGCGCUCCGCCGGCUCCGCCAGGCUGUGCGAGCUGUGCGCACCCCGGCAGGCCCCGCAGCCCGCCGCCCCGAUGGUGAGCGCGCGCGCGCCCCGCCCCGACCCGCAGCACUACAGCAGGAGACGGGGACGGGCCGGCCACUGCCGAGGCCGCUGCCCCGAGCAGACCGCGGCCACCGCGAGGAGACAGCCAUGGAGGGCGUGAAGCCCCUGGGCCAGGGCUGCAACCCGCACCUCAAGAAGGUGCUCAAGUCGUACCAGCUGAGCGCGCAGCGCAGCCUGCACGGCCCCAGCAAGCUGGACAGCAAGCUGGCGACCUCCGUGCUGGUGAACCUGUCGCCCGCGGCUGGCGCAGGCGCCGCCGACGGCAAGGCCCUCGCGGCCGCGGACGCGCGCCCGCCCAAGACGUCCUCCCCGGAGCCGGCGUCCCGGGCGCGCUCGCGGUCGCCGUCGCCGGGGCCCUCGCGGCCCUCGCCGCCCAGCAGCGGCAGCGGCGCGGAGGCGGCGGCGCCCGCGUCCCCGCGGCCCUUCAUCCACAGCGCGCCGCUGCUCUCGGCCGCGGACCGCGGCGAGGACGGGCGCGCCGAGCGCGUGGACACGGGCCUGGAGGGCGAGCUCAUCGCCUGCUUCGUGGUGGGCGGAGAGAAGCGGCUGUGCCUGCCGCAGGUGCUCAACUCGGUGCUGCGCGACUUCUCGCUCAACCAGAUCAACUCGGUGUGCGACGAGCUGCACAUCUACUGCAGCCGCUGCAACGCGGAGCAGCUGGAGGAGCUGCAGGCCACGGGCACCCUGCCGGCCACGGCGGCCUCCUGCGGCCUCAUCACGCAGACGGACGCGGAGCGGCUGUGCGCCGCGCUGCUGCCGCGCGGGGUCGCCGUCAAGGAGGCGUACAAGGAGGGCAAGCCGCCCGCGGACGAGGGCUUCCAGGUGUACCACGAGUGCUUCGGCCGCGCGGCGGGCCUGUGCCGCCCGGACGAGCCGCUGGCCCGCUCCAUCGAGUGCCUCGAGUGCAGGCUGCUCUUCGGGCCGCAGCAGUUCGUCUCGCACGCGCACCGCCACCCGGAGACGAGCACCGUGCACUGGGGCUUCGACUCGUCCAACUGGCGGGCCUACCUGCUGCUCGGCGAGGAGCAGAGCGGCCAGGCGGAGCUCAAGCGCCGCCUCGCCGCCUACAAGCUGCGCGCCGAGGAGCGCCUCAAGCGGAAGCAGGUGAGUGUUCGCGGCGGCGGUGGUGGUGGUCGCCCGGCUGCAGCAGCAGCGGGCCUCGCGGGUGACGUCGACAGCAAGCUGCUGCGACUGCCGGAUGUGGUGGACCGGGAGACGCCGCCGCUGCUGGACGUGGAGUCGGCUGAGAAGUACGACGCGGGCGCCGGCUCGGCCGAGGACGCGGUGGCCUACAUGAAGAAGGCCCGCCUGGACGAGGUGGCCGGGGCGGGCGGGCUGCCCGGCGCCGUGGCCACCGUGGCCACCGCGCCCACCACCUACCUGCCCUACCCGCCCGAGUGGUACUGGUACGACACCUGGGCGCUGUCCGCCUUCCGGCCCUGGCCCUCCAUCUUCACGGCCACCAAGGACGGCAAGACGGCGCCCAUGCCGUUCCUCAGAGAAGGGCUGCCCGGGGUGCCGCCGUACCUCGGCCACGGCGCCCCCGUGCUGGUGCACCCGGACCGCGUCGUGCCGCUCGGGGACUACGACCGCUACGACCGCUUCCAGCCCAACGUGGCCCUCAUGUCGGUCGCGAACCAGCCCGAGGGACGAGAGGUACGCAAGCGAAACACCAAUGAGAAGUACUCCCACGUGGACGUGACGAGUACGGAGGACGAGGGUCCCAAGUCCCCCAGCCACGCCGUGUCCACCAUCACCCUGAACCCGUCGCGGCGCUCGCCGUCGCCCCCGCCGUCCUCCCCCUCCCUUUUUGUUUUGUUUUUGGGUGUCUACAUCUCGAGUGCCCCCGAUGGCCGUGACUCCUGUGUCGACACGAGUGUAGCUGCUGUGCUGGAAUCUCUGAGUUCUGAUGAGAAGGAUGCAAGAUUGGCCAAAGUGCUCCGCUCUCUGGUGAAGCGUCUAGGUGAUGUUGAGGCUGAAAGAGGGCGACUGACAGCUGAGAAUGAAGUUUUACGGAAAAAAUCAGAGGAACAAGAAGCUUUAGUUUUGCAACAAGAGAGAAUUAUCCAACGUCUACAAGAGGAACAAGAAAGAUUGAAUAGCAAGCAUGAUCCAGAGGCAUUUCAAGACAAAGUAAUGGCCAUGGAAAAAGAACUUCGAACCCUUCGCUGUGAAGUCAAUCGUUUGCCCAAUGGUAGGCAUGAGAAUGUUAAAAAAACUGAUGCUGCCACUAAUGCAAAAGACAGUGAAGCUCGGAGUCCUGUCAGAAGAGAGUCAACAGAAACAAACAUUGCUGCAGAUGUAAGGGCACAUAUUUCAUUUGUGAAUUAUCAUCACAACUACCACUAA